AUGGCGGGCACGCGGGCGGGCGGCGCGGCACCUGCGGGCGGGAGCGCUCAGCGGGCGGAGCCCGGGGCCGCGGGAAGGGGGAGGGGGGGGCGCGAGAGGGGUCACGGGCGCGGCCUCCCCGCCGCCCUCCCCGCCCGUGUGGCCCGGUCCGGCCGUCCCCGCCAGACCCUGGCUCUGUGCCCGAGCCUCGUAAAUCGGUGUCGAAUCCUCCCGGCUUCCGCGGACAUCCCCGGCCUGCUCCGAACUAGACGCCGCAGACCCCCGGACCAUCGAAUCCCGCAGACCCCGAAGAUCCCCGAAUCCCGCAGACUCCCGGACCCCCAGACCCCCGGACCCCGUCAGACCCCGCAAACUCCCGGACCCCCGGACUCCGCAGACCCCCGAAUCCUGCAGACUCCCGGACCCCCGAGACCCCGCAGACUCCCAGACCCCCAGACUCUGCAGACCCCCGGACCCCAUCAGACCCGGACCGCCAGAUCCCCAUACCGCCAGACCCGCAGAUCCCCGGACCCCCGCGGCCCCCCCCCCGUCCCCGCGGCCUCCCCGUCCCCGCGGCCUCCCCGACCCCGCGGCCUCCCCGUCCCCGCGGCCUCCCCGACCCCGCGGCCCCCCCCCGUCCCCGCGGCCCCCCCCCGUCCCCGCGGCCUCCCCGACCCCGCGGCCUCCCCGUCCCCGCGGCCGCCCCGACCCCGCGGCGCCGCCCGCUCACCUCUCCCGCCGCAUGUCGCGCCGGGGCCGGGCGGAGCUCGGGUCUCUGGCUUCAGGGGCUGCGCCCGCGCCGCCCCGCCGCCCCCAAUCAAACCCAAGCCCGGAGCGGGGUCCCGGCCCGCGCGCCCGGGGAGGCGCGAACCCGCCCAGAGGCCCGCCCCCCGCCCUGCCCGCCAACCAGAGGCCCGCCCCCCGCCCUGCCCGCCAACCAGAGGCCCGCCCCCCGCCCUGCCCGCCAACCAGAGGCCCGACUCCCGCCCUGCCCGCCAACCAGAGGCCCGACUCCCGCCCUGUCCGCCAACCAGAGGACCGACUCCCGCCCUGUCUGCCAACCAGAGGCCCGCCCCCAGGCUCCCUGAGACUCGCCCCCCCAGCCUCCCUGCGACCCGCCCCUUGCCCAGAGACCCGCCCCCGCCAACCCGUCCUCCGCCGCCCCGACCCCGCCCUCCGCCGCCCCGCCCUCCGCCGCCCCGCCCCCCGCCGCCCUCCGCCGCUCCGCCCCCGCCCCGCCCUCCGCCACCCUCCGCCGCCCCGCCCCCGCCGCCCCGCCCCCGCCCUCCGCCGCUCCGCCCUCCGCCGCCCCGCCCCCGCCCUCCGCCGCUCCGCCCUCCGCCGCCCCGCCCCGCCCUCCGCCGCCCCGCCCCGCCCUCCGCCGCCCCCCGCCGCCCCGCCCCUCAGCCGCCCCCCGCCGCCCCGCCCCCGCCCUCCGCCGCCCCGCCCCGCCCCUCCCUCCGCCGCGCCGCCCCGCCCCGCCCUCCGCCGCCCCGCCCCGCCCCGCCCUCUGCCGCCCUCCGCCGCCCCGCCCCCGCCGCCCCGCCCCCGCCCUCCGCCGCUCCGCCCUCCGCCGCCCCGCCCCGCCCUCCGCCGCCCCGCCGCCCUCCGCCGCCCCCCGCCGCCCCGCCCCUCAGCCGCCCCCCGCCGCCCCGCCCCCGCCCUCCGCCGCCCCGCCCCGCCCCUCCCUCCGCCGCGCCGCCCCGCCCCGCCCUCCGCCGCCCCGCCCCGCCCCGCCCUCUGCCGCCCCGCCCCCGCCCUCCGCCGCCCCGCCCCGCCCCGCCCUCCGCCGCCCCGCCCCGCCGCCCCGCCCCGCCCUCCGCCGCCCCGCCCCGCCCUCCGCCGCCCCGCCGCCGCCCUCCGCCGCCCUCCCCGCCCCGCCCCCGCCCUCCGCCGCCCCGCCCCGCCCCGCCCUCCGCCGCCCCGCCCCGCCCCGCCGCCCCGCCCCGCCCUCCGCCGCCCCGCCCCGCCCCGCCGCCCCGCCCCGCCCUCCGCCGCCCCGCCCCGCCCUCCGCCGCCCCGCCCCGCCCCGCCCCGCCGCCCCGCCCCGCCCCGCCGCCCCGCCCUCCGCCCCCCUUCCCCGCCCCGCCCUCCGCCGCCCCGCCCCGCCCCGCCCCGCCGCCGCCCUCCGCCGCCCCGCCCCGCCGCCCCGCCCCGCCGCCCCGCCCUCCGCCGCCCCGCCCCGCCCCGCCGCCCCGCCCCGCCCCGCCGCCCCGCCCCGCCCCGCCCCGCCGCCCGCCCUCUGCCGCCCCGCCCUCCGCCGCCCCGCCCCGCCCCCGCCCCCUGCCGCCCCGCCCUCCGCCGCCCCCGCCCUCUGCCGCCCGGCCCCGCCCCGCCCCGCCCCGCGGCCCUGGCGCAGAGCCCGGGGCCUCGCUCCGCCUCCUCCCGCCGCGCGGCCGCCGCCGUCGGAGCCGUCCGUCCGUCCGUCCGUCCGGCGGCACGGUGCAUCGCGGCACGCCCCCAGACGCGGCCGGCAGCCAGCUCCUUCGGAACGGACGGUGUCCCCGGGAGACGAACCUCCCGACCCGCGGCCCAGACCAGCGGCCAGGGCCGGGGUCGGCCCCCGACGGCGCGCCCGAGGCCAGCCCCCGCAAAGGCCCCUCGCGGCCUCGGUCCUAG